CCGGUGUCCCGGAGCCGCUGCCGGCGGAAGGCUCCCGGCCGGGCUCCCCUCCCCUUCCGGCGGCCAUGGAGCCGUGCUGGGAGCCGGGCGAGCCGGGCGAGCUGGGGGAGCCGGGCUGGCCUCGCUCCGGGGGCUCGCUGGGCCCCCGGGGGCUGCUGGCACUGGCCGUGGCCAGCGGGGCGGCCGCGUGGGCAACCUGGGCUGUGCUGCUGAUGCCCGGCUUCCGCCGCGUCCCCCUGCGCCUGCAGGUGCCCUACCAGCCCUCCAGCCCCCGGCAAGUGGCCAACGCCCUGGCGCUGCUGCGGGGCCGCGCCGGGAAGACCGUGGAUCUGGGAUCCGGAGAUGGACGGCUCGUGCUCGAGGCUUACAAGCAGGGGCUGAGGCCAGCCCUGGGCUAUGAGCUCAACCCCUGGCUGCUGUCCCUGGCCAACUACCGUGCCUGGAAGGCCGGGUACCACGGGAAGGUGUCCUUCCUGAAGGAGGAUCUGUGGAAGGUGAAUCUUUCUGACUGCCACAAUGUGAUCGUGUUCCUGGCCCCCAGCGUGAAACCUCCCUUGGCCACCAAGCUGCUGGCAGAACUGCCUGACGACGCCCGGGUGGUGGCUGGACGCUUCCCCUUCCCUUCCUGGAGCCCCAGCAGCACCCUGGGGCAGGGGCUGGAGCAGGUCUGGGCCUAUGACAUGAAGGAGGUGCGGAGAGAAGUGCAGGGCAGCGCCCAGGAAAGCCAGGUCUGACCCCAGCCUCAUUAAGCCAGGUUUAACACCAGCCUCGUUAAGCCUGGCAUUAAGGGUCAGAGCCACUCCAGCCCUUGGCUCAGCUCAGGACAGAAGUGCUUGGCCAGCAUUUGUCCUGGGGACUUGCAGGGUGGCAGUCCUUCAUUUAUCCAGAGUGUGAGCAGUGCAAGGGAGGAGAAAAUCAGACCUAGAAAUCAUGGGGUUAACACAGGAUUUAAGAGAUAAAGCUCCAGUGCCUCUUUUUGGAUGAUUGCUAUUUUAUUUCUAUUUAAUUUAUAAAAAUAAAGCUUUGCUUGAUUGUUCCUCUGA